AUUAAGAGGCCGUCAUGGCGGAAACUCUGGAGGAUUUGAUUGGUACUACAUAAACGCUUUUAAAUUCAUUUGCUUUUGUGUAUUUGUAGAAUUGAAAUCCAAAAUUAACUAUUUCACAGAUAAAGCCACGGAUCCUUCUAAAACUAAGGACGGCGUGGACUACUCGACACCAGUAUGCGACAGAAUAAAUGUGGACCUAGAUGGGUGAGUUUAUGAGUUAUAAUUCAAUUUUAAUUUGUGUUGUUACUUGGUUAGAACUUAAAACUUAUUUUGAUUCACAGUCUGAGCUUAACAUUGUCACUGUUUCUUCGCUAGACCAACAAUUGGGAUCCGUUACAUGGCGACAAAGGUCAAAAGCGCGAGGGAAGACGAGGCUCUUUUAGGACUAGACGUGAGUUUAUUGCUUUAUGUUUGCUGCUUUAUGAACCGCCCUGACCAGCUCAUGAAAGUAGAAAGUUUGGGUUCAAAUAAAACGUUUCAUAUAAACCAGGUGGUAGAUGUUUUGCCUAAAAUUAUUCGUAUUCGUAUAAUUGAAGUAUACUGCAUUUGUAGUUCCUCUUUCUUCUACAGUGUUUUAAAGAACCUUUCUGUGGAUAAUUCCUUCACAAUCUUGCGCUUUCUUCCGGCCAUCAUAUCGAGUGAUUUGUAUUUAAGAGAUUUAGCACUAUAAUUCCUCUUGUUGGGGUGAUUUUGCAAAAUAUGUCCAGCGCUGUUCCAAGUCAAGUAUGAACAGCAAAACUGAGUAUGUGGAGGGGACUGGUAAGGGGUGACAGGUGGUGUUUAGGUGGAAAGUAAAGGGGAAGUUAAGAUAAUUACUAAGUUUCCUGUGUGUAUCAGAACUUAUCUUUUUGUAAAUAUUUAUCACCAAUCAAUAAGUCAAUCAAUCAAGAAAAAAAUAUUUAUAUAGUCGACAAGCAACUGAGCAAGUAAUUAACCCUUUUACUCCUGAAACUAAUGAGCAUUUAAUUUCUUGUUACAUUAUCACCCCUGAAUCAUGCAUUAAGGUUAAGAGAAUAAAGGAAAUGAUCACCAAGUAGAGAAGCUCUUGAUUGUUAAACAAAUUCUCCUUAUCAGCCCCUUAAUUGUGACAUUUAUAUAGAAUAGUAUGGAGAAUAUUCAUGUUGAUGUCAGGUUAUAGUGGGUUAAUCAAUCAUCAAAAGUAAGUAUCUAAGCAGCUGCACCACUACCCCUACCCCUACCCCUCCCCUACAGUGUAACUCAACAGCCUAAAUUGCUACCAGUCAACUUUUGUUGGGUUAGGGGAGGGGUAAGGUACAUAGUUGUUCAGAUACUGACAUUGAUCCAAAUAAAUAGCGAAAUAAACACUUAAGACAAUAUUAUAUGACUUUUAAUUAUCACUCAAAAUUCAAAAUACUGGUGGAGAAUACAAAUAAUGUUUUUCUUUUUCUUUCUUUUUCAUUCAGCUAAUUGAAACCUGUGUCAAAAACUGUGGUCAGAGAUUCCACAGUGAAGUUGGAAAAUAUAGAUUCUUGAAUGAACUCAUUAAAUUGAUAUCUUCAAAGGUAUCUAUGAAAUUUAAUACAUAUAUACAUAUACACAUUAUUAGAUGCUUGGUUUCCUUUUUUAAUUUGGUUAGUUUUUGAUAGUUGUGUCAGGUACAUUUGAAGGUACAGUUGUAAGAUGCAUUCCCUCAGCAGGUCAGCAAAAAGUGUUUAUUAAGGAAAAGUUUCUUAAAAAUAAGCAAUCACAACUUUUGAAAACCAACCAAUCACAACCUCAAGGGUAUUCAACCAAUCAGAGCAGAACAUAAUGGGUUAUAUUAUGAUGCAUAACCAAUCAACAUUAUCCUCUGAAGAAGACUGGAAGCUUCAAAGUAAAACAUAGCAACCCACUUUGAAAGUGACCAAACUGUGAGAAAAAGAAUGAUACUUGGUUAUGAAUGUCAAUUUUUUUUCUAAUCAUGGCUACUUCCCUCAAAAAAUUUAAGAGCAAUUUUUCUCUCAAAAUGAAAAUGUGAGAGCUACUCUCAAAUUGUUAAGAGGGUUUGCACACCCUGUCUUCUGGUGACUGGAGACCACUGGACUGACCCAGUCUUGCUGUAUACAGGUGUCUCAAGAAAGGUUGUUAGAAAAAAGUGUAAAAGUGCAGGCGACAGACUUCCAAUAGGUAUUAUGGGCAGUUUUCUGGGCAGGGGUCCUCAACUUCAGGAUUUCAGGGAAAUCUGAGAAAACUUCACUGUAAGGACCAGGCGUCACAAGUUUUGAUGAAUUUAUUGAUCUAAUUGUUUGACUUAUCAAAAUUCAUUCAUUACUGGAUACCCAGAUUACCUUUUGAGAUUGUUGCAUGCAAUUUUGUCCUUUUUUCAACCUUUCUCAGAAUGGCUGUUUAAGGUGAGCAUGCCACUUAGUAGCUUAUUUGUGAAAAGUUCCUUUCAUGUGGUUAGAUACAUGUAAUAGUCUGUGUAUAAUACAUUUCAUUAGAUUGGCUUGGAACCACUUCAUAGGGAAAUUUUGUGACCUAAAUCCACAGCUUGGGUACCCUGGGUCACAGGGAACCCAGUGGCAACAUUACUUACAAAUACACUAUUUUGGGAAUCAAUUGUUUUUUUUUUUUCAUUCAUCAGUAAUAAUGGAUAGAUGUUGUUAAUAAAUAUUCUUUUAUUCAGUAUGAUGGUGACUGGACAGCUGAACCAGUGAAGAAACGCAUUAUUCAGUGUAUGUAUAGCUGGAGUGUAGGUUUAGCAAAGGAGACCAAAAUUGCAGAGGCUUACAAGAUGCUAAAAACACAAGGUACAGUGACAGAGUACACUUUAUUUUAAUGAACGUUAACUCUUAGAGGUUAUUUCCCCCUUCAGUAGCUGUAUUGGAUGGGAAAUGACGUCAUGGCAUGAGAAUUCACUUCAGUUGGCCUUUCUUUCAUCUUUUUUCUGUUAGUCAUGUUUUGUGACGGGUCUCAUGAUUUUUCCAGCCAAGCUUGUAUAUGCUCUAAUAUAAUCUCAACCAUGAAUUGAAAAUCAAUGUUAUAGUUUAAUCUAAAAUUAUUUUUCAAUUAGGAAUUGUUACCACAGACCCACAAGAUCCUUAUGCUCAAACUGCUGCUGAAGUAAGCAAAAAAGCUGAUAGAGAUGAAAAUGGUCAUAUGAUAUUAACAUAAUUAUUGUAACACCUACAAUAAUGGUAAUAGGACUGAGCAGAGUCCAAGUGGAGUCCUACAGGUGAUUCUCAAAAGCGAACCACUGUGACUACCUACAGACUUGGACAACAUGAAAUCUUACCACCAAUUAAUCAAAACUAUGAAAAAGUUUGAGAAAAAACUAGCCACUGAGUAAAUGUUUUCAUUAAAAAAAGAAUAGUCAACUUAGGAAAUGUGGGGCAACAACAUGUGCAUGUGAAGCAUACUGUCCAAUUACACAGGCAUGAUGUGCACUCUAUCCUGUUAGUGCUUAUAUAGGGCUGGUGAUAACCAAUCCGUUCAAGAAUUUUGUUAUAGUUUAAUUUAUAGUGAUAUUAUUGUUAUUAGGGUUUUUAAAUUAUGAAUAGGUGACAGGGAUUCUUUGAAACUUUACACUAUACUCAGCAGAAAAAAAAAAACUUCCUGCUGUAGAGGAAUGUACAUAUAGAAUGAAAAUGGUUUUAGCUUGUAUCAUGCCCUUUUGUCCUUUUGUCCCUUUGUUCUUUUGUUCUAUAAUAUUUAUGAAUCAAUGUAAUUAAUAUUAAUGUAAAAAAAUGGUGUGAUAGACAUUAAAGAAGUAGUAACUUCUAAUGAAAUUGAAUUUAAAUAUGGUUUUCUUUGACAGAAUCCUCCUGACAAACCAAAAGAUACAAUAUUUCAAGAUGAAGAAAAAUCAAAGGUUUGACUUUACUACCUGUUGAGUGAAAUGUGUGAACAUUGAAGUAGAAGAUGAAUUAUGUUAUUUGAAGUGUUAGGGGCUACUCCUUCUAUCUUAUCAUUAUUUGACCUACAUAUUUAGUUAUAUGUCAGCUUUUAUUAGUGUUUAUCAAUUUUGAAUUGAUCUCUUUCUUUUGCUAGCUACUGGCUCGUCUUCUGAAGAGUACUCAUCCCGAAGAUUUACAAGCUGCCAACAGACUGAUCAAGACCAUGGUUAGACAGGUUGGUGCCUACACGGCGUAAGCUGCACACAUGGUGUACACGUAGACAUUAACGUGACAGCAUAUAGCCUAAAUUUAUUUUCAAGUGUUGAUAAUUAUAUUUCUCAAUAGUGAACAAAUCAAAUAUGGCAGAAAUAUUACCAACAAAAGAAAUUAAAUAUGGAUUUGCAAGUGGACAUGUAAUUAUUUGUCUAUUCUGUAGAUUUUGAUAGCAGAUUGGAAUCAAAGACAGCUUUUGAACACAUUUUUAAGAGUACCAAAUGAAGGAAAGAAGUUUGGAUGUUGGAUCAACAUGUUUGAUGAUUUUUUUUUUCCAUUCCAGGAUGAAAUGAAGAUGGAGAGACUGGUGAAAAGAAAUACAGAAAUGGAAACUUGCUGUAAUAAUAUCAAGCUUCUGACAGAGAUGUUGAAUCAUUAUGGUCCUUCUUCUCCAGCCCAGGAUAAGGAACUCAUGAAGGUACAUUGCAGUCUUUUUUUUCUUUUUUCAAGUUAUGUACCUCAUUUGGUAGUGACAAAUGUUUUCAAAAGAUGCACAAUGUGACUUGAAAAUUGUCUUUUUUUUUUUUUCUUUUUUCAAGUUAUGUACCUCAUUUGGUAGUGACAAAUGUUUUCAAAAGAUGCACAAUGUGACUUGAAAAUUGUGGUAAAACAAGAACCUAAGAAUAACUGUAUUUAAUAAAGGAAAAAAAAUAACAGUGGGAAAAAACAGGAAGCCCACUCAGUAGAGGUGGUUUUAAGUGGGGGCCUGGAAUUGAAAGAGUAAAAAUGUAAUAGAAAACUAAAGAUACUCUCUAACUGAAAAACUAACCUCCCAAAGUUUUUGUUUGACAGUUGUGAGAGAUUUACUGAUAGAUUUUUGUGCAAAAUGUUUACAGGAACUGUAUGACUCCUGUGAUAAAAUGAGACCACAAUUGUUUAGACUGGCCAGUUCAGCCACAGAAGAUGGCGAUGAAGGACUAGGUGAGAUAGAUUUUAAUUAAAGCAUGUACAAUUUUCAGUGGUAAGGAGUUCAAGGAAACAAAGGGCUAAAUUUUGAUCCAGAAGGACUUACAUGUAUGCCACCCAUUACUAAAAGUGCGAGCCGCUGCUGAUCAAGGAACUGAUAAUUUCUCAUUUGCUGGUGAAGCUGCUGGGUAUUAACUUAAACUGGUUUUAAUUCCUUUGAAGAUUGGAGUUGUUAAGAGUUGACUAAUCAGGGUGUUUCAGAGAUAGAAGAAUUCUCCAGCUAUGAUGCAGAACUCACUACUUCAGUUCAGUGACUUGAGUUCUUUUUUGUUCACAUGUGGAGAUUAUCCUCUUGCUUCUCUAGUCUUUUCUUCAGCAACUAAAUUUUUUUUAUGCAAACCUGACUAAUAUGCAUUAACAAUGUGCAAACUAUUGCAGCUGAAAUCCUAAGAGUGAAUGAUGACUUAUCAAGAGUAUUAGAGUAUUAUAAAAGGAUAUUUGGAUUAGCUCCAGCAGCACCCACUACACCAAGUAGUCCUGGGCCACUUUCUACAACCCAGACGGCAAAUUCUGAAGUCAGUUCUCCUACUGGUGCUUCCACUCUUAUUGAUCUGGGCUCUGGAGGCCAACAGGGAACGUCAAUGGAAACUCCAGCAUCCAGUGUUUUGGAAAAUGAACUUAAAGCCUUAGGUCAGUCCUAUUUGGUUGAUUUUGAUAUCUAUUAAUUCAUUAACCCUCUACACCUUAACAUCUGAUUAUUAUGAAAGUUCUCCAUACUGUUCUCUAUACAUUCCCUAUGGUACUUAGAAGGAUAAUUUUGUUUAACAAUCAAGAGCUUGUUGAGUUUGUGAUCAUUUCCUAUAUACACCUCAACAUCAGUAUUAUGAAAGUUCUCUGUACUGUUUCUCUAAGGAUAAAGGAUUUUUUUUUUAACAAUCAAGAGCUUGUUGAGUUUGUGAUCAUUUCCUAUAUACACCUCAACAUCAGUAUUAUUAAAGUUCUCUGUACUGUUCUCUAUACAUUCCCUAUGUUACUUAGAAGGAUAAUUUUUUUUUUAACAAUCACGAACUUGUUGAGUUUGUGAUCAUUUCCUAUAUUCACCUCAACAUCAGUAUUAUGAAAGUUCUCUGUACUGUUCUCUAUACAUUCCCUAUGUUACUUAGAAGGAUAAUUUUUUUUUUAACAAUCAAGAGCUUGUUGAGUUUGUGAUCAUUUCCUAUAUACACCUCAACAUCAGUAUUAUUAAAGUUCUCCAUACUGUUCUCUAUACAUUCCCUAUGGUACUUAGAAGGAUAAUUUUUUUAUUAACAAUCAAGAGCUUGUUGAGUUUGUGAUCAUUUCCUAUAUUCACCUCAACAUCAGUAUUAUUAAAGUUCUCCAUACUGUUCUCUAUACAUUCCCUAUGUUACUUAGAAGGAUAAUUUUUUUUUUAACAAUCAAGAGCUUGUUGAGUUUGUGAUCAUUUCCUAUAUUCUCAUGAACACAAUGUUUGAUUUAAAUGUGGUACCUUUGGGAGAAAUUUUAUGAUUAUCACUCUCAAGGGUUAAAGGUAUCAUAACUCAUUCAUGUAAGAAAAUAUUUUUGUGUUACAUGUUCAAUGUAUGUUAGUGUGGUACUGAAUAGUGAGCGUUACUUACAAAUUUAGUUCUUAGGUAGGUAGUUAUUCAUAGUUUUGCAAGUAGUUUUGAUCACUGACUCCCAUGAAAAUUAUAACCAUUAUUUAUUUGUCCAUUUAUUUGUUUACUUUUGUGAUGUAGGUCUUCAUGAUCUAGAUGGGCCUCCAGUAAAUAGCAAUUCUCAGAUACCACUUCAGGUACUGACUUUUUUCCUUACAAUAAACGUAUUUAUCUACAAGACAGUAAAUAGUGCACAUCUAAUUUUAACCUGCAGUGUACAUGCUCAAACCUCAAACCCCUAUUAUUGUUCCCAAUGUUUUCAAUUAAUUUUCUUUCAUUACAGUUUUCAGCAGCAAUUGUAUUAUAAGAAUUUUAUGGGUGACAGUAAGAAGAAUUACGAUUGAGGUCUGGGAAUGAAAGGGUUAACUACAUGUACAGUUAUGAGCUUGAUAUUUCUGUCACACAAUGAAAUCAAGAGUGAGCAAAUAAUCUGAUUGUUUUGGCAUUGAUCUAUAAGCUAUUCAAAACUUAACCACUGACUGUAAUUACAGAAUAGUGUGUUCUUGUAAGAGAGUUCUAAAUAUUGCACAUUUUAACCGUUUAACUCCCAUGAGUGACCAAGAUAGAAUUUCUCCUUACAAUAUCAAUACAAUAUCAACCAGAUAAGUGAUGAGAAUAAAGAAUAGUAUCAAUUUGGGGAUAAUUAGUUGAUCCAAUACUAAAUUCUCUGAACUAACAUUAUAAGAAUUGUAUGGUUGACAGUAAGGAGAAUUACAAAUUUGAUGUAGGAGUUAAAGGGUUAACAGAGGUGGGGUCUACAAACAUGUUAUGGAAAUUCACAAAAUGGGCAGAAAUUUUUAUUCUUUGAUGUGGUUUCUCAGCAAGCCCCUCAGCAGCCUGGUGUUGUGGGACCGUGGGGUGCAUCAGCCCAGAACUAUGGUAUUCUGCCACCACCUUCCACUACAGUAGGUGUGGUCAGACCCAUGGGUCAGCCUCAGGUGGCUGGCAUGAUGCCCCCCAUUUAUAUGGGUGCAGGGCAGAUGAACCGAAUGCCAUUCCAAGCCAUGUCUCCUGGCACAAUGUCCAUGGGGCCAAGGCCAGGACCACUGAGUAUGGGUGUCAGUAGCUUUACCAUGCCAACUGCUGGUUCAUUACCUCGUGGGAAUCUCCAUGCAGCAGGAGGUAGGAAGGCAGAAGAGCAGGCAAGGGCGCCAAGUGCGUUGGACUUACUUGGUCAAGAGUUACUACAGACCCAGAAGCAGCAGCAGAAGCAGAAACAAACUGUCGCUCCUCUGCAAGAGAAACCUGCACCUGAGCAGCAGCAGGCAGCAGCCCCUACAGCUGACAGUCUGUUGACGUUAGGAAUAGAGCCAAGCCCUUCAACCCUCCCUGUCAGUGUUGGUUCAUCGUCAUCUGCCGCUUUUCCUUCAGUACCUUCUCCACCAAAGCCAACCCCUCCGCCCUCUCUAGACAAUGUCUUUGUUCCUUUAGAUACCAUUACACCAGGUAAGCAACACCAGUGAGGCAAGAUCUUAGGAUACUUGGCGUUUGUUUCUAAUCCGAGAGCACGUGAAUUGUUUUAACCCUCUAUCAAUAUCCAUCAUCAGUAAGCAUAUUCUCCAGAAUUCAUUUUACAAUCGAAGCUUCUUAUGUUGACGAUCGUUUCCGUUUUUCUCGUGAUGUUAAUGAAUGAUUCAGCAGUACUACUGGAAGAAGAACUUGCAUGCUGGUCACUCUCAGAGUUCAGUGCGAGUUGCUUAUUUGUUUUUUCUUUUCUAUCUUUUUGCUCUGAUUUUAACCUGAUAAGUCUUCGUGGCGUAAGGAAUUGUAAUUUUCAUCGGUUCAUUUAUUUGGCCACUAAAAGCAUUUACUAAUAACAUUCACGUAUUUCUUUUUUUUUUUUUUGUUUUCGUAUUUUCUUAAUCUAGGAAGCCAUCCACCACUAACAGUUCUUGAUAAAAACAGCAUCAAAUUAAUUUUUCACUUUGCUAAGGUACGUAGAGAAUAUUCAUGCUAUAUCGAUUUUUAAUUUCAAGACGAAGAAAGCUGUUGCUUUCAGUUUUGUGUUUGGAGACAAAGACUUGUGGCUUAGUUAAGCAAAAGUUUGAGCUCAUCUGAAUUAAACUAAAGUGAUGGCAGUGGCGAAAUCUCUCCACUCAUUAGAUUUGAACAUCAGCGGUUCUUAGGCUAACUGUUUUUGUCCUUUAAUUCACAGACGAGCGCAGAGUUGGCCAGGAAAGACUUACUGGUUGUUGUGAUUUCCACUAUGAGCUCACUAUCAUCUGCAGUUAAAAAUUUUGUUUUCCAGGCAGCAGUACCAAAGGUAAAUCCCUUCUAAGUGUUCUGUCUUUUUUGUCAUUUUGGCAUACGAUGUUUUUUGGUGUAGCCACCCUUUUCUCGCUAAACGCUCGGGUUCGAGAGCUGGUGAGAUACUUCAUGUUAUUUCCUAGGGUCUCGCUCGCGUUAGUGAAGCUGCUUCUCAGUAACACAGCGGUUAGACGUAAGGCGUACGCGAGGGGAGCAAUUUUGGCCGCCCACGCGCCAUUUUCCCGCGCAAAUUUCAAAGGAAAACACAAGAAACAACCGCUGUCUGGCAUAAAAAAAAAAACGCGAAAUAAAUUUGGAACGUUCAUAGAAAUCUGUAAACAAAAGUAGGGGAGAGGAAAAUUCGAGACUCUGCAAAAACAAAGCUCAAUAAAGUAUGGGUAUCCUAUUGAAUUACCCUUCUUCAACAAAGGGUUAUACGUUUUUUACACAAUAACUUAGUGGCUUGUGUGGUGUUUGUAACUCGCAUGAGACAACUUGGUUCUGACACCCUAAAAGCAUAACACAAGUCAUUACAACGUUUGCACAUGCGUAGGCCUUUUUUUAAUUCCUUUUUUUUUUUUAAUCCGCAAGUAAGUAUUCAAAAUUACUCUUUUUCUCGCUUCUACGUUUCGGCAGCUUGAACAGUUGAAGCAUUCAGCAGUCGCAAAAAAAUGUUGUGUUUUUCAGACAAUGAAGGUGAAGCUCCAACCUCCAUCUGGCAGCGAGUUGCCAGCAUAUAAUCCUAUCCUUCCUCCGUCAGCCAUUACACAAGUUAUGUUGAUUGCCAAUCCAGCAAAGGUACGUCAACUUAGGUUUUAGACACUGCAUAGAUUCAAGCUUUUAUUUCAUUUUUUUUUUUUUUAAUCACACAUGUUUUCACUUCACUAUUUGUUUAGGCCGUGGGAAUUUGUUAAUUCUCUGUGGCCGAUGCGCAAGACAAUAUGCUUUUGAUAUGACGGAUGAGCCCUUACACCUUAACCUCAGUAUACAUAUUCUCCUUACCCCUCCUUAUACGUUUCUUGAGAUGCUGACAAGGAGAAUUUGUUUAUCAAUCAACAGCUUCUUAGAGGUCAAACGUUUAACCAUGUGGCCGAUGCAAAAAGCAGAAUAUGAUGGAAAAAUGUUUUGAAAAGUUGAUUAUUUCAGCUUCGGGGAAAGAAAAUAUCUUUUUUCAUUUGGGGUAAUAAGUUCAUAUUAACUGAGCGUGAGGGCCAUUCUGGGUAAUAUUAGCCGAGGUCGUUCAAAAACGACUGAGGACCAGUAUUCCCCAGUCAGCUCAAGCAAGCGGGGUCAGUAAGUAGUUUAUUAUUAGGCACUUACUCCUGGCUUGUUUAUUGUGGAACUUGCCGGCUUUAGCAAACAGAAUGACACGGUUUAUGAUCAUUUUUAGUGGAAACGGUCCAUCUAGCAAAAUAUGAACCAAUUAAGAGCCAAUCAGAAGGCUCGGAUUUCCCUCAGGACUACCUUGCCACACAUUGAAUAAACAUAUUUCAUUAUUAUUUAUGCUUUUAUUGACAGGAAAAGAUCAGAUUAAAGUACAAAGUAAGUUAUCAAGUUGAUGGCACUCCCAUGACGGAAACUGGCGAGGUGGACAGCUUCCCUAUUGAUGUUCAAGGAUAAAUCGAAUGAUGAUUUCAAGCCUCUGCUUGCGAUGAGUAUUGAUAAUAGGACGGGAUGGCGUCCAGUUCUGUCUAUAAUUAUUAGAGUAACUUGCGGGAGUCCGAUUUGUCCAAAACGAGUAUGAUUACAGACAGAAUUGGACUAAAAGUAGUCCUGUUACCAAUGAAUCAAAACUAUGACAAAAUUUGAGAAACACACCAGCUAUCGGUGACACGUUUUAUUCAGAAAAACAGCAGUUAACUCUGCGAAAUGAACGGCAACAGCGCUCGCGUGCAUGAAGGGUACUGUCCAAUUAAACAGGCAUGACGCGUACACUGUUCAAGCACACCGUGCGCUGCCCAAUUUGUGUUCAAAUCGGGCGGAUGGCAGCCAAUCACGUUCGAGAAUUUUGUUGCAGUUUUGAUCCAGACAGUAGUUAAAUUCAAUGAGGAAGACUUGUUCGUGACUGUUAAAAAUUUAAACCCAAGCUUCUAAAGUAAAAUUAUAUCACAAACGGUAUGUAACACUCACUUAGAGGUUUUCAAAAUUAAAAUUAGUCAUAAAAAGUUCCACUAGGCUCAAGGGGGAGGGGGGGUGUUGGGGAGGUCGUGGUCGAUGACCUCGAAAAAAAGAAAAGAAAAACAAGGAUCGUCAUUUAUAAUCCAUGUCAAUCUCCUCCCUUCUUAGCCACCCUCUUUUUUUCAGUUUCUUAUGACUUCUUUGAUAGUUGUUUACGUUUACAAAAGAUCUAUUUCAGAAUGGUGAAUUAGUCUUUGUUAUACUUUAUAUCAAAAUCGAAGGUAGUUUUACUACAACUUCAAUCAUACCACAGAUGAGGGAGAAUCCUUGAGUACGGACGGUCGUAGAGUAUUUAUUUCUUCUGAAAAGUCAAUCAAUGCAUGCAAGCGAUUUCCAUAUCAAGUUGGCCUGAAUUCUGUGGGUGGAAUGCAACCGAGAGUUGUUUGUCAGUUCCUAUAAAGGCUUUUGGGAAGCUAGAGAAUUAACUUGCUUAAAAUACUGGAAAACAACUGAGUUGAUACUAGUGACUGUUGCCGGCUAUCUUUUAAAUAAUAGAACACAGCUUUAAAUGAUUGUUAUAAGAAGCCAUCUUAAAACUGAACUUAGAGUUACAAAAAAAUGGUAAUUAUUCAUAUUAAAGUAUUUGAUUUUAAGAAACUUUAAAUGAAGACUGCAAUUCCCUUAAAGACUGAUAGCGCA